UAAGUGUCGAGGUUGUUUCGAGCAUGAUGAUGGCAUCCUCGGUUCCGCUACAUCAGUAUCAUCAAGGCGGCGGCGCGCAGGCGCAUCAGAUCAGCCCUCUAAACCUACUAGCAGCCACGUGCAAUCGAAUCUACAAUCACCAACCAUACCCUCAUCACACCCAACUAUCACCAGCAUCUACAACCUCCUGCAGCAGCGACGGCUACGUCUCCCAAAUACCCCUCGAAACCGCCCGAUCCCCAUUGGAAUACUCCCCGCAUUACCAGCCCAGCUACACCCACGCUUACUCCAACCAAUACUGGUUCCAACACUCCCCGCCGCACGGAGACAUCGCCACCAGCGGCUACCAGCCCAACAACCCCCAAUACCACCAGCAAUGGUCGCAGAGCAACUACAUGACCAGCUUCGCCUCGAAGAUGAUGGCCAAGCCGGAGAUCGGCUACUCGUCGAAGGCGCGCCGCUGCAUCAAGUGCCAGUGCCCCAACUGCGUCAACGAGGAGAACGGCCUGCGGAAGCCCAGCUCGAAGAAGGUGCACAUCUGCCACUACCCCGGCUGCGACAAGGUCUACGGGAAGACGUCGCACUUGCAGGCCCACCUACGGUGGCACACCGGCGAGCGGCCGUUCAUCUGCAACUGGCUGUUCUGCGGCAAGCGCUUCACCAGGUCCGACGAGCUGCAGAGGCACCUGCGGACGCACACCGGCGAGAAGCGGUUCGCGUGCACCGUGUGCUCGAAGCGGUUCAUGCGCUCCGAUCACCUCACCAAGCACGUGAAGACGCACAAGAACGGCGCCGGCAAGGGCGACAAGGAGGAGCAGAAGGCCAAAGGGGACGCGGAGCCGCCGUUCAAGCUGCAACCGGCCGGCGAGGGGGCGACGACGACGGCGUCGCACCGGCCGCAAUUCGACGCCCAAUUAUCGCAUUCGUAUAGUAAUUUGUAUUUGCAUAAUUACAACGAGCAGUGAUUGAAGUUUGGGGGAGUUCGAGUGCAAUUUUUUACGUUCGCGGGACCACGAGUAUAAUUAACUUUACUGGGUGUUUCGAAAUUAGUGUUGGAAAAUGUGUUAACAUUUCAAGAGAAGAGCGAUUCUUUUUCGAUAGUCAGUCAAAAAGGUUAAGGUUUAUUAUGCUCUCAACAUCCUCAGGGUGGUGAAAAAUUUGAUGAAGGAGGCAUUAUGAUAAACUAUUUUUUAUAUUUUAUAAAUAGUUAUAGCCCUGAAGGAGGUUUAAUAAUAAAUUGGAGUUUUUUUAUAGUUUAAAUUUCAAAAAUUAUCUCUCAAAUUCUAAGAAUAUUCAUACUAAUCUCGGGACGCCUUUU